CGUCCCGGGCAGCCCAGCCCAGCCCAGCAGGUGGAGCGGCUCCGGCUCCAUGUGCGCGGCUGGAGGCGGCCCCGGUGCCGGUCCCGCCUCGCCGCUCCCCGGGCGCGCAGCGGCUCCGUCCUCCCGGGGCCGGAGCGGGCGGCGGCUCCGCAGCUCCCGGGGCCGCGCUCCGGGAUGGCUUUCGCCAAUUUCCGCCGCAUCCUGCGCCUCUCCGCCUUCGAGAAGCGCCGCUCCAAGGAAUACGAGCACGUCCGCCGCGACCUGGACCCCGGCGAGGUGUGGGAGGUGGUGGGCGAGCUGGGAGAUGGAGCCUUCGGCAAAGUCUACAAGGCCAAGAACAAGGAAACGGGAGCUUUGGCAGCUGCCAAGGUCAUCGAGACCAAGAGCGAGGAUGAGCUGGAGGAUUACAUGGUGGAGAUUGAGAUCCUGGCCACCUGUGACCACCCCCACAUCGUCAAACUGCUGGGAGCCUUCUACUGGGAUGGCAAACUCUGGAUCAUGAUCGAGUUCUGCCCGGGCGGGGCCGUGGAUGCCACGAUGCUGGAGCUGGACAGGGGUCUGACUGAGCCCCAGAUCCAGGUGAUUUGCCGCCAGAUGUUGGAAGCUCUGCACUACCUGCACAGCAAAAGGAUCAUCCACAGGGACCUGAAGGCUGGCAACGUGCUCCUCACCCAGGAUGGGGACAUCAAGCUGGCUGACUUUGGAGUGUCUGCCAAGAACAUGAAAACCUUGCAGAAGCGAGAUUCCUUCAUUGGGACCCCUUACUGGAUGGCCCCGGAGGUGGUGAUGUGUGAGACCAUGAAGGACACUCCCUACGACUACAAGGCUGACAUCUGGUCCCUGGGGAUCACCCUGAUCGAGAUGGCCCAGAUUGAGCCACCCCACCAUGAGCUCAACCCCAUGAGGGUCCUGCUGAAGAUCGCCAAGUCCGACCCGCCCACGCUCAGCUGCCCUUCCAAAUGGUCCCUGGAGUUCAGAGAUUUCCUGAAGAAGGCGCUGGACAAGAACCCAGAGACCCGGCCCAGUGCUGCCCAGCUGCUGGAGCAUCCCUUUGUCAGCAAGGUGACCAGCAACAGGGCCCUGCGGGAGCUGGUGGCCGAGGCCAAGGCUGAGGUGAUGGAGGAGAUCGAGGACAGUCGGGAUGAAGCAGAGGAGGAUGACUCCUCGGAGUCUGCCUCGCCCCCUGGGAAGCACAAGCGGGACCCGUCCGAGCUGAGCCAGCUGAGCCUUGAUGGGGAGAAACCUCCGGACUCGCCCUUGCCCAAAGCUGUGAACGGCUCCGCGGGGACUGGCAAGGACACCACAGAGAGCCAGAGCCACAGAGCCUCGGAUAAAGGGAUGAGCAGUGACGGUGACAAACUGGGGAGCAACCACUCCACAAAACCCAGCUCGGCCUCCUCGGCCACCCAGGACAAGCCGGACAUCAUCCUGCAGCCAGGACAUUUGGGAAACUCAACAGAGGGGAACAAGGAGCCCAGGCCAGGCAGAGAGGAGAGGAAGAGCCUUGGGGAGGGGAAGAGCCUUGAACAGAGGAAGAGCAUCGAGGAGAGGAAGAGCAUCGGGGAGGGGAAGAGCAUUGAGGAGAGGAAGAGCAUGGGGGAGAGGAAGAGCAUCAUGGAGCGACCAGAGAGUGUUUUCCUGGAGAACUUCAGCGAGGAGAAGCUGGCCAAUGGAAGCCUGGAGCCCCUGGGACCAUUCCCCCGCUCCAAAAGGGACUCGGAUUCCGGCAGCACUUCAGCCUCUGAGAGCAUGGACCUCACCAUCUCCUUGUCUGCUGACCUGUCCCUCAACAGGGAGAGUGGCUCCAUCUCCCUCAAGGACUCCAGGAUGCAGAAGAAGACCCUGAAACGCACCCGCAAGUUUGUGGUGGACGGCGUGGAGGUGAGCGUCACCACCUCCAAGAUCAUCAGUGAGGAUGAGAAGAAGGAUGAAGAAAUGAGGUUCCUCAGGCGCCAGGAGCUGCGGGAGCUGCGUCUCCUGCAGAAGGAGGAGCACAGGAACCAGGCCCAGCUGAACAGCAAACACCAGCUGCAGCAGGAGCAGAUGCUGCGGCGCUUCGAGCAGGAGAUGAUGGCAAAGAAGAAGUUCUAUGACGCGGAGCUGGAGAACCUGGAGCGGCAGCAGAAGCAGCAGAUUGAGAGGAUGGAGCAGGAGCACGCCCUGCGCCGGCGCGAGGAGGCCAAGCGCAUCCGCCUGGAGCAGGAGCGCGACCACGCCUGCUUCCUGGAGCAGCUCAAGCAGAUGAAGAAGGAGGUUAAGAACGAGGUUGAGAAGCUGCCACGGCAGCAGCGCAAAGGGAACCUGAAGGUGAAGAUGGACGACUUCACCCAGAAAAAACAAACCAUGGAACAGGAGUUUUUGGCCAAGCAGAAGGAGGACCUGGAGCAGGCCAUGAAGAACAUCAUUGCCCAGAACAAAAGAGAGAUCUGUGACAAGGAGCGUGAGUGCCUCAACAAGAAGCAGCAGCUGAUGAGAGACCGGGAAGCUUGCAUCUGGGAUCUGGAGGAGCGUCAGCAGCAGGAGAAGCACCAGCUCAUCAAGCAGCAGCUGAAGGACCAGUAUUUCCUCCAGAGGCACGAGCUGCUCCGGAAGCACGAGAAGGAAAGGGAGCAGAUGCAGCGCUACAACCAGCGCAUGCUGGAGCAGCUGAAGGUGAGGCAGCAGCAGGAGAAGGCCCGGCUGCCCAAAAUCCAGCGCAGCGAGGGCAAGACCCGCAUGGCCAUGUACAAGAAGAGCCUGCACAUCCACUCCAGUGGCAGCGCCUCCGAGCAGAGGGAGAAGAUCAAACAGUUUGCUCUGCAGGAGGAGAAGAGGCAGAAAGCAGAGCGGCUGCACCAGCAGCAGAAGCACGAGUCACAGAUGAAGGACAUGCAGGCCCAGUGUGAGAGCAACACCAACGAGCUCCAGCAUCUCCAGAAUGAGAAGUGUCACCUCCUGAUCGAGCACGAAACCCAGAAGCUGAAGUCCCUGGAUGAGAGCCACAACCAGCACAUGAAGGAGUGGAGGGACAAGCUGAGACCACGGAAGAAGGCCCUGGAGGAUGAGCUGAACCAGAAGAAGCGUGAGCAGGAGAUGUUCUUCAAGCUGAGCGAGGAGGCCGAUGGACAGGUGCCAGUGUCCCCCAGCAAACACGCCAAGUUCGUCCCCUUCAGCUCCUCAGAGAGCUUGUAACACCUGGCAGGCCACCAGCUGGUACUGGCCGUGCCCUCCUGGGCUGCAGGGGCAACUUGGACUGGGAAGACCCUGUCAGCAGCCCCUUCUCACCACAGCACCCUCCUGUCCCCGCGCUCUGCCUGGGAUGAACGUGGCCUCUGCGCUGAGGGAUGCUGGCUGGAACUUGGGGUGGCUUUCCCAGGAGCUCCAGGCUGGGAAUUGGGGCAGGACCCUCUCUGGAUUGUACUUGCACUGAUGGCUGGAUGCUUCCUAGGUGAGCCUGGCGCUCACUGGGUUUGUCAGCUCAGACUGGAGCAGUGACCACUCUGACCAGGAGAAACAGCCCCUCAGGACAGGGCUGUCACCUCGCUCUCCCCACCGUGGCUGCUCCUGUCCCAGUCCUUUGUAAGGCCUGGCCUGAGGCACAGCAGCUCUGGCAUUGUCUUAAACUCACCUUGGCCUUAAACUUACUCCUCUCCACCGUGGCCUUUUAUUGCCACAGAGAGACAGAGAUUUGGGGGGGUUUUGCCUAGGGAGGGCUGGGUUUUUUCUUUCCUCCUGCUCCCCAUGCAGACUGUGCAGAAAGGGGCUGGAUGUCCUCCCAAAGAUGCUUCUGCUCUUCAUUUGCUGUCACCAGUGGCACCACAGCCCCUCUGGCACUAGCUCUGUUUCCAGAGGCUGGCUUUGGGCUGUUGGCACUGCCCAGCUGGCUGCAGGCUUUGCUUUGAGGCAGUGCAGGGGCAGAGGGGAGGUUGGGGACAGCGCUCAGCCCUGCGGUGACACGGUGGAGUGUGUGUCACUGCCGUGUGCCUUUGGGAGGAGAGGGGUGAAGGGUGUUACAGCCACAGCUCUCACGAUCACACAGGUGCUUCAGGCUGGUUUUUAAGUCGUUUCUGUGUGGGGCCGUGUGGGUUAGGCAGCCUGGCCAGGGGGUUAUGGCUGCAGAGCAUCCUUUGGGAGGAACAAAGGAACAGUGGAACACGGGAAGAGGAGAUGCAAAGGGGCUUGUUGCCCCCAGCAUCUCCUUGUCCACUGAUGUCUCAUCUCCCUGUGAUGUGCACAGCUUUUUGGAUGGUUCUCCUGGCUGGGUGUCGUGGCAGAAUGGCAGAGCAGGUCCUCUGUCCUUUCUGUCCCCUCCUCCUGCACAAGGCAGGGCUGUGCUGAGCUGCUGGGUGGGACUGGGGGCACAGAGCUGGGGAGGGGUCAGGGACCUCACUGGCAGCACCUUCUUCUUUACACAACCCAAAGGUGUAAGGCAGCACUUAAGGUUUUUUCUGGUUUGUUUUAGACCUGUUUCUUUAGCAAGAAAAAAAAAUUCUGCUUAAAAAAAAAAAAGAAAAAAGUUGUUAUUUUCAAGUCCCCUCUGUUGAUUUACUGGCAUUUCAGGGAAAGGUGGUAUGUGAUGUGCCUCACUUCUAGGUACUGGCUGAAGGAGGCAGCCCCCAGGUCUUUAACUCUGGAUCUGGGGAGUGCAUUUCCUACCCUUUUAGAGCUUCUAAUCCAUAUUUAUAAGCUUCCUGCAAGCUAGCAAGGCUCUGUCUCUUCGGGCCAUUCCAGGUUACCUCUGAUGUCACAGCAGUGAUGUCUCUGUCAAUGAACACAGGAAGGGCUCCUUGCCCACCUCCAAAAGUGUGGAUUGUGCCUCCCAGAUGUGAUAACACGAGGCUGGGAGCUGAUGGGAGGCUAAUGAAUGCCAAGGGAUGUUCCUAAAUGGGACAAGGGGCUGAUUGGAGACUUCUGACCCCCUUAGGAAUGUGUUGCAGCAGCCCCAGUGGUUCUGGUUCUGGUCCUGCUGGAGCUGUUCUGUGCAAGGGCUGUGUGCCAGAGCCCUGUCCCUGAGGGCCCUGCAGAAGCUGUGCUGCAGCAGCAGCACAAUGUCAACCCUCACCGGAGGGGCUCUGCUGCCUUCUCCAGCAGCCCAGGCAGCACCAUCCCUCUCUGGACACCCUGCAGCCACGAGGAAAGGUUUUCUGGGGGCUCUGCAAGCUGGUGCACUGCCCCCGUGGUAAAUCAGGUAUCCCUUCCUGCAGUCCAGCUGGUUUUCAGCUUGGAGAGAGCAUCACAGCCCUGGUAAAUCAGGUAUCCCUCCCUCCCAGGGUAAAUCAGGUAUCCCUCCCUGCAGUCCAGCUGGUUUUCAGCUUGGAGAGAGCAUCACAGCCUUGCUGACAGAGGCAGGGAUGGCUCUGUCCCCCCAUUUUUGUUCUCUCCCUGGGUGUGCCAGGCUCCAGUACCGUGUCCCACACCUAGAAGGGGGGCACAUCAUCUGACUGUCAUGUUUACAGCGUGGUUAUCAUUUUCCCUCUUUUCAAAAGAGGAUGUUUUUUGUUGUUCCCUGUGCAGAAGGAACCACAAUUAAACCCAGCUUGCUUUUCGGGGAGGGGAUGGGAUACGAUUUUUAAAAUUGUGGCUUCGAAUAAAAAGGGUUUUUUAAAAAAAAUAUUUUGUAAAAUAUAUUCAGUGGGGCCACCACCAUGAUGUAAAGACCUCUCUAAUAAAGUAACAGACU